CGAUGACGACGAAGAAGAAGAAGAAGCGGAAGCGGAAGCAGACGUUAAGAUUAUUACUUUAGGUCUUAUUUUUGUGGUUAAAGUUGCAGCACAGAUUUAUUUAAAGCAGACUGCAGGUUUAUCAACGUUUUCAUGUUUGAUGCAGGACAUUGAGACUGAAUAUGAGCUCUAAAAAUAAGAAACGGGUGGUGCUGCCCAGCCGUCCAGACCCCCCAACAGUAGAGCAGAUCCUGGAAGACAUUAACAGAGCUGCUCCAGAUGACCCUGUGUUCACCAUCCUGGAACCCACCAGUCAAGACUCGACCGGACUACCAUUGGACAGCGAAGUGGAGCUGAGGUUCCUGCAGUGUCGUCGUUACUUGGAGUUGAACAAGCAGUUGCAGGAAGCCAGAAGCAGGCUUUUACAACAGAGGGAGGAACUUUGUGCAGCAGGCAAGCAGCUGCAACAGGAUCUGACAAAGGUCAAAGGUCAAAUGCACUGUUAGCAACAAACACAUAUGUUAAUGGAUGCUGUCCACUUUUUGGAUUGGCUAAUGAUCCUGUGACUGCCAUUGAGCCAGGCAUUAACCUUCUGCACUUGGCUGAAAAGAUGCUGACCUCUGACCCAUAAUAACACCACUAGGACUGUAUUUGUGGUUUUUUAGACAUCUUUGUGAGGAUGGCUGUUGAAGCAGCUCACAUCCUUCCUUCUGGUUAUAUUGGAUUUAAUUGUGAAGAAUAUCUGAUAAACUGUUGUGAUAAAUCACCUGAACAACAUCAAAGUAUCUCCAGCUGUCAAUGAAAGCGUCCUGAGAACUCCUAUUAAUCUGGAACUUGCUCUUUUCUGAACCUAAAUGUUUGUGUUUUGACAUUUGGUUCUUCUAUAUUUGUCGAGGUAGCUUUUGCGUGUCUGAGUGCCCUGAAGAAGGGGCAGGCUGAUGUACAAUCUGGGCCAAAUACUAUGUUUAUCUGACUGUCCGUUUCAAUGAAAUGUCUGAUUUCAUCACAAGUACAGUAGUGUUCAGAAUAAUAGUAGUGCUGUGUGACUAAAAAGAUUAAUCCAGGUUUUGAGUAUAUUUCUUAUUGUUACAUGGGAAACAAGGU